AUGGCUGUUGGGGGGGUAUCCAGUGUUGGAAGAAGAUCAUUGCAAUGCUUGCGGACGCCGUUUGGAAAGCAGUCUACCUUCCAGGGCCGCGUAUCACUUUCAACAACCGCAAGACCAAUAGACGGAGUUCGGAGUCAAAGUCAGAGCCAGAGGAGUUAUGGAUUUGGGAGCUCUAUGGGGAAGUCUCUUGGACGACGAGCAUUCUCUGCCACCUCCGCAGCUUCACAUGGGCAUUGGGAACCACCACCUCCGGGCAAAGAGCUCUAUGUCACGUUUGUUGACAAGGAGGGAGACGAGCAUAAGAUUGCAGUGAAUGAAGGAGACAAUCUGUUGACGAUUGCUCAGGCGAAUGACAUUGAGAUGGAAGGGGCUUGUGAAGGAUCAUGUAUAUGCUCAACAUGUCAUGUUAUCGUCAAGGACGAAGAAAUGUUCGAUAAGAUCCCCGAGGCAGACGACGAUGAAAACGAUAUGUUGGACUUGGCAUUUGGUCUGACGGAGACAUCGAGGCUGGGCUGUCAAAUCAUAAUGAAGCCGGAGCUGAAUGGCUUGGUCGUCAACCUUCCCGCAAAGACCAGAAAUAUGCAGGCUAGCGAUUUCGCGAAGAGGGAGUAA